AAAAUGAAUUUUCAGACAUGUAGACUCUAUCUGCCAACAAAGAAGGCGCUGAGUAUUUUACGCGGCCAGACAGAACUCCUUGUUUGUAGUGAGGACAUUCAUUCAAUGAACUGACACGCAUGCGCACUAUCCUUUGACCGCGUUCAGCGUUAGCCAAUCACAUCGCACUCACGCAUGUAAGCACGAGUGAAAUCGCAGUGACUGUCGUGGCAUUAUAAAUUCACAUAUUUGCAUAUUGCCGGCAUAGUGAAGAGUAACUGUCAGACAAGAAACAGACACGUGGUGGGAACGUAUUUGAUUUUCCAAACUCACCUUUGGAAAAUGACUAUUCCCGAAAACGUCACAAGUGUGAAAAGUUCAGGAAAGGAUCGAUAUGAACUGAUCACUGACCUUAAAAAGGAUAUGCCCUUUCCUCUGGAGAAAAGCAUUAAGGGCGAGUCCGGCGGGGCAGAUUCAGGCUUCAGCUCCCGAAACAGUGUCUCAAUUCCCAGACCUGAUGAGGACGAGGAAGACGAUACCGCGAAGGAAACGGCGAGCACUGUCCUCGUGGUAGACGGUGAUGCAAUGACUGAGGGAAAGCCUAUCCGUACCUUUGACGGGGAUGCGGACGGAUGUCAAGCAAGACGGGUUCCUUUUGGCAUCCUGAAGAUCUUGGGCAUCGUCUGUCUACUGUACUUAUUCAUCUGCUCGCUAGAUCUCCUAGGCAACGCUUUUCAGCUGCUAGGGGGCAAAGCUGCAGGAAAAGUUUUCACCCAAAGCGACCUUCUGUUGAACCCGAUCACCGGUCUGAUGAUGGGAAUCCUGGCCACGGUGUUGCUGCAGAGCUCGUCCACGUCCACGUCCAUCAUUAUCACGAUGGUGUCGUCAGGAAUCAUUGAAGUUCAACCUGCCAUCCCCAUCAUCAUGGGCUGCAACAUCGGCACGACGGUGACCAACACACUGGUAUCCCUGGCCCAUUCUAGUAAAGGAAAGGAGUUUGAGAGGGCCUUCUCUGGAGCCACCGUACACGACGUCUUCAACUGGCUCACCGUGCUGAUACUGCUGCCACUGGAGGCUUCAACUCAUAUGCUGUACCGCUUGACCGACGUCAUCGUCUCCGGCGGGGACUUCAGCAGCAUGAAGAGUAAAAAAACAGACCUGCUGAAGAAACUCACAAAGCCCCUUACCAAGAUGGUUGUCCAGAUUGACAAGAAGGUGAUCACACAGAUUGCGGAGAGCGACCCUGAGGCUAAUGGCAAGAGAAUACUCAAGACUUUCUGUACACGUGAGGUCGUUGUCAACGUUACCGAGGGAAGCAACGUCACAGAGACCUGCGACGAUACAUUCCAUGCUGUGAUUAACCACUUCCACGGCUCCCUGAACGACACAAUGGCCGGCGUUGUCCUCCUCAUCUUCUCCAUCAUAUUACUGACAAUCUGUCUCAUCUGUAUUGUCAAGCUUCUCAAUUCCAUGCUGAAAGACAAGAUCACAGUCUGGCUUAAGAAGGUCAUCAACGCCAAACUGCCCUACCCAGUCGCCUGGCUAACCGGCUAUCUCGUCAUUCUGAUUGGAGCAGGCCUCACGAUUCUCGUCCAAUCAAGUUCCGUAUUCACAUCUGCUCUCACCCCAUUGGUCGGUGUUGGGUGUCUGAAACUUCGCAGGAUGUAUCCACUGACCCUGGGUUCUAACAUAGGAACCACCGCAACUGGCAUUCUUGCUGCAUUAGCUGCUCCUUCAAACAAACUAGGGGUAGCACUGCAACUGGCUCUCUGUCACCUGUUUUUCAACAUCUGCGGUAUUGCGUUAUUUUAUCCCGUACACCCAAUGCGAAAAAUCCCAAUUAACGCAGCCAAAUUUUUAGGAAAAACAACAAACAAAUAUAGGUGGUUUGCUGUUUUUUAUUUAGUUCUUUUAUUUUUCCUUAUGCCAGGAUUUUUCUUUGCAUUAUCCAUGGCUGGUACCAUUCCAUUUGUAAUAGGUGUAUCCAUCAUUGGAUUAAUUGGUUUGUUUGUUGUCGUUGUAAAUGUUAUUCAGAGUAAACGUAAAACCAUUUUGCCAAAACGUCUUCAAACUUGGGAAUGGCUUCCUGUAUAUUUGAGAUCUUUAGAACCUUUAGAUAAAAUUAUCAAAAAGAUAACCCGCUUGUUUUCAAAAUGUUCCGGUAGGACAUGCUGUUUGAAUGAGAGCGAUGUUGAAAAUCAGAGUGCAAGUGAAGUCCCAAUUGGUGACGAUGAGGACGAUGUUGAUGAUGAUGACGAUGCUGUCGAGGACGAUGAAUGCACUGCACUAUAUGGUAAACUGUGUUGCGCUAGCAAGAAGACCCACAUUCCCGCCAGUCAAGAAGAUGAGGGAUUUGAAGAACCUAUUAAACAGAACAUUCACCAAGUCAGCCAUAUACGUCACCCUAUUUAUACGCCUCCGGGCAGAAAGAAGAACAUGGGAAGACUGUGCUUUAAUCAAACGAACAGUUCACCUUCUUCAACUCCGUUAUUACACGAAGUUACCAAAGUUUAGUCAAAUGUUCAGCUAGUUAAGGUGGCGGUGAUUUCGCUCUGCUCGCAGUCUUGUGAGAUGAGCUUGGAAGGUACUAACGGUUUGGGGGCAGGUAUGAGAUAUUGAAAGAGUUUAGCUUUAAUUUCCGGACCAAAGGGAUGGGAACGGUAUGUGCAAAACAGAUGGUAAGCUAUAUUAGCUAAGGUUAAAUAUUAGUCGUUCAUACUGAACAUUUCUGUUCCAUAUAUUAUGGGGUAUAAUUGGUUAAAUCGACAUUUAAUGAUACUGGUUUUUGUAUGUUAGUGGAGAUAACAGUCACAAUUUAUAUUACUUUUGCAAGUGUAAUUUUGAUAGUUGAAGCAUCCUUUGUUAGUUACGAGUUAUGCUCUCCAAGCUCAGUCUCAUUUUAGUUCUCGCCAAAUUUCGCAAAUCAUUCCCAAAUGAAUUUAAGUCCAUUUCCACAUAUCAUUGCUGAGUAAUUAAAGUUUUUGUUCAAAGGAAAUCAACACCUGAAAGAAAGCAUAUCGCCUGCAACAACAAUGUGAGUUAAGGAACAACAGCGUGUUAUAUAUGGAGGUUUCUUGACCUUGUAAUGUAUUCACUUCGUUGUUUACUUGUUCUGUCCAUCAAAACAGCAUUAUUUAACAAAAGCCUUGUUUGUAAUUGUAUACAAUCAGCAGCAUAAGAAGUGCUUGCUGAAUAGUCCAACCAACGAUCAACGUUCACCAUGCUGAAUCUCAGUUUUUACAAGCCUUUAGUCAUAUAAGUUGUUCUUAUUUACAGUGAAAUCAUGUUAUAUGACUACGAAUCUCACCUGAUCUCUUGCCAGAGGCUAAAUGCAUUGUAUAUCUGUAUAGUACGUUAUUUUUUCUACCGCUUAAAUGAAUUCGGCUACGAACAUGUAGUGUUAGCUUUGUAAAUAUUUAAAUAUUAAAAAAUACUGAUCGCUGCUAUUUGCGGUUAUCGUUUUAUAUUAUAAAUAUCUAUUUUUUAAGUAUAUUUUCAUUUUAUAUCAUUUGGACUCUUUAAAAAUUGAACGGUUUCUGAAAAUCUCAUUGCAGUAGUAUUUGGACCAGUUAUUUUUGCCAAACAUCUCUGAUGACAUUGUGAUAAAUGAAAACCAGGUAUUUAAUCACGUUCUUGUGAUGAAAAGAUGUCAGGUAUUGAAUUCUGACUUUUCACGUGUGUGACAAUCUCUUGAACUGCUGACAAGAUGAAUAGUAUGGACCGAAUACUGAUCGUGUGAAUAUGGGUGUUUUAAGUAUGUAUGUAUUUAUGUAUAUAUGUCAGUAUAUGAUUACGCAUGUGUGAUGUGUGCGCGCGUUUGUGUGUGAAAGAGUACGUGGACAAAAAUAAAAUUUAAAACGAA